CGUGAGCUGUUGACGGGGUGACCCCUGAAUGCAAGUCAUCUUGCUAUAAACAGAGGGGUGUGGAAAGCCAUUGGUCCGAGUGGAACUUGUUUACUAUUCUCCUCCGCUGGUUUAUUUAAAUAAACUUUGGUGAUUUGGAGCGGCUUCUGCUAUAGCUACCGCCGCGUGUGCCGCUUUUGCCGCUGGACUCUGUCACAGAACUUAACGGAGGGACAAAACAGGUUUCCGUUGUACCUGACUUUUUAACAAGGGGCAACACUGGUAGAGAGUGAGAAAGAAAGACAAAAACGAAACGAGUGAAACCCUUCUAACACUGGACAGUGAGUGGGAGCACUCGAUAACUUCAUUUCACUGUGUGCGUUACCAAAAGAUCGUAAAGACUUUCAGACGCGCAAAGGAUACUAACUUGGUUCAUCCGAAAUGGCAGGACAGUGAAGGUGAAGCAGACGCACAGCGAUUCACAUGUUUCAGAGCCUUCCAACUCCAGGUCUAUGGAAAUGCAGGACUUAGCUAGUCCUCAUAAUCGAGUCGGCAGUAGUGACACCUCUGGCUCCAAACUGGACAAGUCCAAUCUCAGUGGUACUUCAAUUACAUCCAAUGGAACCGGAGGCGAGAACAUGACUAUUCUUAACACAGCAGAUUGGUUGCUGGGUUGCAGCACGCCAUCCUCUGCAUCAAGUAUGAAGGACUAUGGUAUAGUGCAUGUGUGUGCAGUCAAGACGGAGCCAAUGAACAGCAGCGAAACUGCAACCACCACCGGAGACGGAGCCCUGGAUACCUACGCUGGCUCAGUAAUAACAAGCAGUGGUUACAGUCCUAGGUCAGCACACCAGUAUUCUCCUCCGAUAUACCCGUCCAAGCCAUACCCACACAUUUUGUCAACGCCGGCAGCCCAGUCAAUGACAGCCUAUGCGGGGCAGACUCAGUUCACUGGAAUGCAGCAGUCCACAGUGUACACUGCGUACUCCAACACGGGCCAGCCCUACGGCCUCUCCACUUACGAUCUGGGUGUAAUGUUACCAGGCAUCAAAACGGAAGGGGGGCUGUCCCAGACGCAGUCUCCCUUACAGACAGGUCUGAGCUACAGCCCUGGUUUCAGCACCCCCCAGCCCGGCCAAACGCCCUACUCCCCCUAUCAAAUGCCAGGUUCCAGUUUCACUCCAUCAUCAGGCAUUUAUGCCAGCAACAAUUCUGUGUCGAACUCUGCAAACUUCAGCAGCACACAACAGGAUUAUCCUUCCUACACAGCAUUUAGCCAAAACCAAUACGCCCAGUACUAUUCAGCCUCUACCUACGGUGCGUACAUGACCUCCAAUAACACUGUGGAUGGGACGAGCUCUGCCUCCUCCACCUAUCAGCUUCAGGACACUGUUCCUGCCCUGACAGGACAGGCUGCCGAACUUCACCCAGGGGACUUUGACACAGUACAGAGCCCUUCCACCCCUAUCAAAGACUUAGACGACAGGACCUGCAGGAGCUCGGGCUCCAAAGCGCGGGGCAGGGGGAGAAAGAACAAUCCAUCACCACCACCUGACAGUGAUCUGGAGCGAGUGUUUGUCUGGGAUUUAGAUGAAACUAUCAUCGUGUUUCAUUCACUUCUGACUGGAUCAUAUGCACAGAAGUAUGGCAAGGAUCCUCCAGUGGCGGUGACCCUGGGUUUACGCAUGGAGGAGAUGAUUUUCAAUCUGGCAGACACACAUUUAUUCUUCAACGACUUGGAGGAAUGUGACCAGGUUCACAUUGAUGAUGUCUCAUCAGAUGACAAUGGCCAAGACUUAAGUACUUACAGUUUUGCAACUGAUGGCUUCCAUGCAGCUGCAACAAGCGCAAGCCUCUGCCUAGCCACAGGCGUCAGAGGUGGGGUGGACUGGAUGCGGAAGUUGGCAUUUCGCUACCGAAGAGUAAAAGAGUUGUAUAGCACAUACAAAAACAAUGUCGGGGGGCUGCUGGGACCUGCUAAAAGGGACGCAUGGCUGCAGCUCCGGGCCGAGGUGGAGGCCCUCACGGACUCCUGGCUCACCAAUGCACUUAAAUCACUGUCCAUCAUCAGCUCGAGAAGUAACUGUGUCAAUGUUUUGGUAACAACGACACAGCUUAUACCAGCACUCGCAAAAGUACUAUUAUAUAGUCUAGGAGCUGCCUUUCCCAUUGAGAACAUCUACAGCGCCACCAAAAUAGGAAAAGAAAGCUGUUUUGAGCGUAUAGUGUCCAGGUUCGGCACUAACAUUACAUAUGUUGUCAUUGGCGAUGGGCGAGAUGAGGAGCAUGCUGCCAGCCAGCACAACAUGCCCUUCUGGAGGAUAUCAAGUCACUCCGACCUACUGGCGUUGCACCAAGCACUGGAACUAGAGUACUUGUAAUUGUAUCAUAAGCUGAAAGUCCCUUUUUAUAUAUCUAUUUAAAACAACAGUACACUGCAAUUUGUUUUUUUUUUUGUCUGAUUUUGAACCUCUGGCUUUUAACAAUGAACUGUCUUAAGAAGACACGGACUCUACUACAAAGCAGGAGUUUGGACUGCCAGAUGAGGUCCUGCUCUACUAGAUCUUGACAAGGUCUUAUGUUGAUAUGUGCGAUUUUCUGAAGCAGACAGGUGUGAAGGACACUGAUCAUUGAGUACAUGAAAAUGAAGUUUCCUUUGCUUCUUCGUGGGGACACACAGAUUGGGCUUCAAACCCCAGGAUCUCUACAAGAUGGAAGCUACCCUCGACAUUUUCAACAAAGCCUUCACUGUACCUACUUACCUACCCCCAAUCC